GAGUCAAGCGGGUUGUCCGGUUCCGGGACUCGCACUGUGCAGAGCACCCGUUGCUGGACCCACUCGCGGGAAAGCAUCAUGCCCCAGACUGUGGUCCUUCCGGGCCCUGCGCCCUGGGGCUUCAGACUCUCUGGGGGCAUAGACUUCAACCAGCCUUUGGUCAUCACCAGGAUCACUCCAGGGAGCAAGGCGGCAGCUGCCAACCUGUGUCCUGGAGAUGUCAUCCUGGCUAUUGAUGGCUUUGGUACGGAGUCCAUGACUCACGCUGAUGCACAGGACAGGAUUAAAGCAGCAGCGUACCAGCUGAGUCUCAAGAUUGACAGGGCAGAAACCCGCUUGUGGUCUCCACAGGUGUCUGAAGAUGGAAAAGCGCAUCCUUUCAAAAUCAAUUUAGAAGCUGAGCCACAGGAUGUGAACUACUUUGAACACAAGCACAAUAUUCGGCCCAAACCUUUCAUAAUUCCAGGCCGAACCAGUGGCUGCAGCACUCCUUCCGGUAUUGACUGUGGCAGCGGACGUAGCACCCCUUCCUCCGUCAGUACUGUCAGUACGAUCUGCCCAGGUGACUUGAAAAUUGCUGCUAAGAUGGCCCCUAACAUUCCUUUGGAAAUGGAACUUCCGGGCGUGAAGAUUGUACAUGCUCAGUUUAACACACCUAUGCAGUUGUACUCAGAUGACAAUAUUAUGGAAACACUUCAGGGUCAGGUUUCCACAGCUCUAGGGGAGACACCUUCCAUGAGUGAGCCUGCGGCCUCGGUACCCCCUCAGUCCGAUGUGUACCGUAUGCUCCAUGACAAUCGGGAUGAGCCAACUCCUCCUCGCCAGUCAGGCUCCUUCAGGGUGCUCCAGGAGCUGGUGAACGACGGGCCGGAGGACCGUCCUGCUGGAACUCGAAGCGUGAGGGCUCCGGUUACUAAGGUCCACGGCGGGGCUGGCAGCGCCCAGAAGAUGCCUCUCUGCGACAAGUGUGGGAGUGGCAUUGUAGGUGCUGUCGUCAAGGCCCGGGAUAAGUACCGCCACCCCGAGUGCUUUGUAUGCGCCGACUGUAACCUCAACCUCAAGCAGAAGGGCUACUUCUUCGUGGAGGGAGAGCUGUACUGCGAGACCCACGCGAGAGCCCGCACGAGGCCCCCCGAAGGCUACGACACCGUCACUCUGUACCCCAAAGCUUAGGCCCUUUGCAGGCGAGAACACGCAUGCACGCACCCACGCGCACUUACACUGGCCAAUGAUGCGGAGCUUCGAGCAGGAAAUCCAAAGCCGAGGCUUUUAGACAUUUAUCUGACAGUGUAGUAAAGGAAGGGUCUGUCAAGUGACAGAAACAAGUGCUACCUAUGGCUUGUAAUUCUUUAUCUGUGGGGUUAGCAAUGGUGACAUCUAAAGCAAUAAUGUUUCGGUGUCACGCUCCACAGUUUCCAUCUGUUACCCAACUAUCCCAAGUGUAAACACCUGGCUAUUUGGGGGAGUUCAAGUUGUUUCUCCUUCAAAGUUGCUUUUGGUAAUUGUAGUAAGUAAUGUCAAAUAACAAUCUUGUAUUCUAAAAAAAACAAAAACAAAAAAACAUGGCAGAUGUCCGUGUCUGUUAUUCUUAAAGUGCAUGUCAGGAAGGCAUUACCAGGAUUUGUUUUGUAUGCAAACAGCUGUAUCACGAUAACACAAGCGUAAUAAAUACUCGAAGCGUGUUUUCUUUUUUAA